AUGGCGGCCGGCUUCCUGCACACGCUGGCGGGCGCCGACCACCUCGCCGCGUUGACACCGCUCACGGUGGGCCGCCACCCCGUCGCCUCCUCCGCCCUGGGCGCCCUGUGGGGCGCCGGCCACUGCACUGGCCAGCUCAUCCUCGGCCUGUGCAUGGUGCUGCUGAAGGAGCGCUUCGACCAGCUAGUGCCUCUUCUGGAUCGCUGGGGCGGCGCCUCGGUGGGCAUCACCCUCCUCAUCAUCGGCGUGCUGGGCCUGCGCGACUCCUUGGCCCAGCCGGAGCCGGCGGCCCCUGCCCUGGCAGGCGCGGGGCCGGGGGUGGGGGCGGGGCCGCCCCCGCAGGGCGCGCGGGGCCUCACCGCCGAGGAAACCGAGGCGCAGGAGGUGGCGGUGGCGGUGGCGACGCGGAGCAAGAGCCUGGGCUCGCUGCUGGCAACCUAUGUGACGGGCAUCGUGUAUGGCCUGCAGCCAGACGCCUUGUUCGUGGUCAUCCCGGCGCUGACCCUGCCCAGCCGCCUGGCCGCGGCUGCCUACAUGCUUUCUUUCCUCGUGGGCACGGUCACCGCCAUGGGGGCCUACGCCGGGAUCAUAGGGGCGACCUCUCGUGCCAUCUCGGGAACAAACGCCGCCCUCAACAGGAAGCUGGCGGCCGCGGCCUCCCUACUUGCGGCCGGGGUGGGGAUGACCAUCCUCGUGCCCUGCGUGGGACCACUGCUUGGGUGA